AUAGGAGGAAUUGAAAUUGAGGUGAGUUUAAAACAUAAACAUUUAUUUUUCCGAAGGCACGUAAAGAAGUUACGUUUUUCUUACAGAUACUAAACACGAUGGCGUCAAAAAUGAACUUCAAACCCAAACUAUAUCAAGCUGCUGACGCUGAUCACAGCAAAUGGGGUGAAAAACUCCCAAACGGUUCAUACUCCGGUCUGCUCGGAGAACUAGUGACGGGCCAAGCUGAUAUCGCAGUGGGCAACCUGCAGUACACCACACUUUAUCACGAAAUGACCGACCUCAGUAUACCUUACACCUCACAAUGCUGGACUUUCUUAACUCCUGAAGCUAUAUCUGACAACUCUUGGAAAACGUUAAUACUACCGUUCAAGUUGUACAUGUGGAUCGCUGUUCUAAUGGUUCUUUUAGUAACAGGUUCUAUUUUCUUUGGCUUAGCUAAAUAUUACAUACACUUGAUGGAUUUCAGAGAAGAAUCUGCGAAGAGCAGAUCUACAGAGAUGAAGAAAGCCCUUACUUCAGAUACACGACCCGGCGGUUUGUAUUUGUUCGGUGAAAUAACGAACAGUAUUCUCUACACGUAUGGAAUGUUGCUGGUCGUGUCUUUGCCCAAGUUACCAUCCGGUUGGUCGAUUCGCUUACUCACUGGCUGGUACUGGCUCUAUUGUAUACUCCUGGUAGUCUCAUACAAAGCGAGCAUGACCGCAAUCUUAGCCAACCCCACGCCUAGAGUAACCAUAGACACUUUAAAAGAACUAGUAGACAGUAAAAUAACAUGCGGCGGAUGGGGACAAGAGACUAAACGGUUCUUCGUUGAAUCACUAGACGAUAUCGGUCAGAAAAUCGGUGAAAGAUACGAAACAAUCGAUGACCCGGAUGCAGCUGCGAAAAGAGUAGUUCGUGGAGACUUCGCUUUCUACGACAACAAAAACUAUUUGAAAUACUUGAGGGUUAAAAGGAAGAAUAAAAUUAAUAUAGACAGGACCAAUGCAUCGUUAAGUAAUGAUACAUGGUUUGGCAACACAAGUACUGAAAGGAAUUUACACAUCAUGUCUGAUUGUAUGGUCAAUAUUCCUGUUUCAAUAGGAUUCCAUAAAAACUCACCUUUAAAACCAUUAGCAGACAUUUACUUGCGAAGAAUAGUCGAAGUUGGUCUUUUGGAAAAAUGGUCAAACGACGCCAUGUACAAAAUUAAGAAGUUGGAUACAAAUGAGGAAGAAAUUAAAGCUUUAAUGAAUUUGAAGAAACUCCAUGGAGCUUUUAUAGCAUUGGCUAUCGGUUACUUUAUAAGUUUUUUAGUACUUAUAAGUGAACUAAUGCAUUGGCAAUAUAUUGUUAAGAAAGAUCCACUUUUCGACAAGUAUGCCGUAGAUCUGUAUUAUGUAAACAAAAAUAAAAAGCAUUAAAUAAUACGAAUAGUUUAUUUACGCUACAUUAUUAUCUCAUUAUAACUUACGUCAUAAAUUUUUGUUACUUUAGAACACGAUACUUAUAUUACAAGACUGUUAUUACGUAAAGGAGAAAAUAUGCAUCAGUCAAUAAAAGAAAAAUAUUCCAUAAUCUAAAUCAGUCAUUACAAUAAAAUACAGGUUUUUAGACAUGCAAUAAAUUAUUUACAAUUGCUUGAGAAAAGCAACAAGAAGAGAUUUACUACAAAGAUAUGAUUGGUGGAGAAAAGAAUUUUAGUUUAGUUACAAUCGUAAGGCAUUUGUGGUGGAGUUUGACAUAAAAAAAAAUUCUCGCUAAUGACCCGAGCACAUGACUUUUUUCGUUGAUAAUGCUAGUAGUUCCAGCUACUUACAUUUAAAAUAAAGUGAUCUCAAAAACUUAUUGAAGUCAGUGAAUUAUAAUUUACAAUCUUACUAGCUUUCGCACGCAACUUAAUUCAUCUGCAAAUAAAAUAAAAAAAAAGCAAGUAGCCUGUGCGUUCUUCCAGACUAUCAUCUACUAAAUGCCAAAUGUCAAUGAGAUCUGUUCAGAAGUUUAGGCUCCAAACCCUAACAUCCAUCCAUCCAAACUUUCGCAUUUAUAAUAUUAGUAAGGUUAUGUCGUAAUUUUUUUUAUAUAAUGUGUUACUGGAAGUACCAGGAUAUUUGUAGUUACUUAAUUUACUUAAAUAAACAACAUACAUUAAAAUCAUAAAUCACUAAAAUUUACUAGUAAGUACAAGGCAGCUUUUUGGUGAAUAUAACCUUGCAUAGUACUAAAAAUUAACAUAAUUAAAACGCUGUCUCUUCUAGAGUUUAAAUGUUUUAUGUCAAUGUUACAGCAGUGUGAACUUAGAUGCAAACACCAGACUAAUUAUCUUAAUUUAAUAAAUGCCCAUGAAUCCCAUUAUUUUAAGUCAAUUAUAAACUAUAACAUGCCUAUAUUCAUGCUAACUUUACCAUAACAAGCAUGAUACAAUUUAGUCUCAUCUUACCAAAACCUUAUUAAAUUAACCUUGUAUUAUUUGUUGUUUUAAUUAUUGUUUCCUCUACAUAAAGGAUAUCCUAUAAUAUGAGAAUUUAAUAAAGCUAUUGCUUUUUACAUUUUCAAACAAGCACCACUACUUAGAAUAUAGUCAGCCCAUACACUUCUUUAAAAUAAUUUAUGAUUUCUACCAUUUUUAUUUGGGAAAUUGUUAUCAGUCUAAUUUAAAAAUCUAAUUAUUUAAGGUAUAUUUUUUUAAAUAAUUAUUAUUAAAAUGUUUAAUUACAGUU